AGAACUUGGCUUUUCGAUUACCUCUUCAUCCAAUUCUACAACAACCCUCCAUGCCAAUAUAGUAACGGCGACGCAUCUCUGCUCAUAUCUUCAUGGAAUACAUGGACCUCCUAUGUGAAGCUCAAUAACACGGUGUUUAUGGGACUACCCGCUGCACCUGAUGCAGCUCCCAGCGGUGGCUAUAUUUCACCGCAAGAUCUGUGUACUAAGGUUCUUCCAAUCAUCAAGCACACUCCUAACUAUGGUGGCGUCAUGCUUUGGGAUAGGUUCCGCGAUGUUACUAACCACUACAGCGAUCAAAUCAAAGAUUGUGUUAAAGUUGAUGAUAAUGUUAGGGUUUCACAAACAUUGAUGGCAACGUUAUCAAACACUAUAACUGAAUGUGUAUCUGCAGCUUUCAACCGCAUCAUGCCGAAACUAAGACCCUUUUAGAAUGAAUAUCUGCUAUGUAACGAUGGAAUAAUAAGUUGUGAUGAUGAUGAUUACUUAUUAUGAGUUAUGGGUGAUCAAUAUCAUCAUCACCUUGUGGUAUCUAGCUUCUCUUCAGGCUUUGAUUUUUGUGAUCAAAGUAUGUUGAUGCUGUUCUGCAUGUACUGAUUUUUUCUUUGAAUAAUAAAGGUUUCAUACGUAGACCUACUUUUAUUUUAGUCA